AUGGAUGAGAAGAAUGUAGACAUUAACGAUUAUGCUUCUUGGCCUGAGGCUAUUGAAUCACAUUUUAUUAGUCUUCUAUAUGAAGAAGCCAAAAAAGGAUUACAAACAACAACAUUGGACAAAAAAGGAUGGCUGAAAAUAGAAAAUGACAUAUUAAAUUCUUUUGGAAAGAGAUAUAAAAUGCCUCAAUUGAAAUCCAAAUUCAAUCGGUUAAGAAAGGCACAUCGUGAAUUUUCUCAUCUUUUGGAACAAACUGGUAUGGGAUGGGAUCCUCAAACAAAUACUGUUACAGCAAAUGAUGAAGUAUGGGACACUUAUCUAAAGAAAUAUCCAAAUGCGAAAAGAUUUCGAAAAAAAUGA